AUGAAGUUCUCUUUCUUCUUAGCUCUUGCUGGUGUGUUUGCUGUGCCAUUAAAUACGGGAUCAACUGAAAAUCUCGAUAUAAGAACUCGAACUGGUUAUAAUGGCGCUGGCAAAAUCACAAUUACCGUCAACAAAGUAGAUUGGGUACGGGAAUGGGGCUCGCUUGGUCAACUUCCACGUGACGAGAUCCAAACAAAACUCGAUGAACUCGAACUAUCCAAGGCCGGCUUUGACGAAAAUGGACUCUGGUCCAACGAUCUGACAAAUGAGAACGAGAAACCAGCUCCGCUAAAGCGUGGCUACUGGCGCGAAACUGAGUACCAGCGAACCCGGUCUACAUGGCAACGAGGCAUUUCACAAUAA